GAUUCUUCUGAAGACCGAAGAAAGUUGGUUGCGGUCAUCACAAAACACGUCGAAAACUAUGGAUAAGAGUUCGCACUGGGACGUUGCCCUCUGGGAGACACAUGAAACAGAAGACGAUUGCACGCUCGUCGUCAGAACCGAUAAUGGGCGUGCUUUUUAUUGCCAAAUCUCGCCAUCACGGUUCCAUCAAUCACCCACGUUUAAAGAUCAAUAUUUCAGGUGUCUCAAUUUAUUACGCUCGGGUGAAGAGGAAGAUGACUUCUAUAUGGAAGAUGCGUGCGACUGGCUUUCGAAGCCCUUUGAGCCUCUCAUUGCGCGUCUGGCGCCUUGCACGCAAAAACGACCAGCAGAUGAGCUGCCGACAUUGGCCGAAUAUCUCUUUCCUCCACAUUUCGUGUGCUCGCUGUCUGCUACAGAUGAGAAGCUAGAAACAUUUGAGAUAGAUUCUAAGAAUCUUGAUUGGGGCAGUCCCACGAUAUUUGUGAAGCAAGAUUUCUUGGACGACCUAGACCGUUGGACACCAUCUUAUCACCCAAAUGAAGUAGCCAUAUGCUAUGACAACCCACGGGACAUUCUUAUCAAACCUCCAAAGCGUGUAUUGAUCAGUGCGAAGGAUGGCAGUCGAGUUGAAUGCUUCUUCAAGCGGUUUGAAACCUCAUUUGGUCAGAAGCAUGCGAAAGCGGGGCUUGACACUCACAAAAGAAUUGCCCAAGCGCAUUUACCCCCUCCUCCCAAGACAUUUAUAUGUCAGCUACACGGUGUUGUCAGGGAUGGAAAUAAAUUGGCUGGCAUGCUAUUUACUUGGAUCAACAAUAAAGGCGUGCUGUCAAAAGCUAGAGCAGAUCAGAGUACAGUUCAGCUGAAAGCACGUUGGGCAACGCAGAUCAAGGAUACACUAGAGAUGCUUCACCAUCGCAACAUUAUCUGGGGUGACGCCAAAACUGAGAAUAUCUUGAUCGACAAGGACGAUAAUGCAUGGAUUGCUGAUUUUGGAGGGAGCUAUACUGUAGGAUGGGUUGAAAAAGACAAAGCUGGGACGUUGGAAGGCGACGCGCAAGGUUUAGCUCGGAUUCUUGAUAUCUUUUCUUAAUGUACAUGAGACAAUUUUUGAAGACGACUUAAAGUUGCC